CUCAAACCCAGGAUAGAAGCCAGGCAUACAACGCAUCCAGCAAAACUGCCAAAUCCUUGUGUGCUUGCACGCCUGUGCAUAUGUGUGUAUGUGUGUGUUCUGUGCAUGCAACUGUAUUCCUCUGCCUCCCCCUCCUUUCCUACUCUCUCCUGCUGGCAUCAUCUCUCGCCCUUCAUCAGGGAUGGUGAGGGAGUGUUUAUGAUCCAGGCAUCUGCGCAGAUUGCAAGCAGCCCUAUUCUGCUGUGGAUUCAAGCAUCUUCCUGCAUGGAAUUCAGGGCAUGACAACAUGCAUCACUUGUCGUUUCAGAGCAUGUGCUACAACUCACACGGAAUGAUGGAGGACCAACAGCUUCCUGGAUAAAACCGGCAAACUAAAACAUUACAUCUCAAAUCAUGCAUUUAAGGUGGGUGGAAAGAUGUAGCUGAGGAAAAAACAGACCAGAAUCUUGACCAAUCACAAACUCAGGUCAUCCCUGAAAGGGGCGUGGCCUGUGGACUACUGCCUAACAUGUCCAAGAAAGCACCCAGUGGGCGGGGCAAAGGGGAGCGCCCUGAUGCCAUGGCAGCCCUGCAAGCCGCCAAUGAGGAGCUGAGGGCCAAACUCACAGAAAUCCAAAUUGAACUGCAGCAGGAGAAGAGCAAGGUUAGUAAGCUGGAGAGGGAGAAGUCUCAGGAGGUUCGUCAUGAGCAGCACAAGUCAACGGUGGUGGUGACCGAAUUAAAAGCCAAACUGCACGAAGAGAAACUUCGGGAGCUGCACAGUGUCCGGGAGACACUCCUUCGCCAACAUGAGUCUGAAAUGGUGCGGGUCAUUAAGAUCAAAGAUGGAGAGAUCCAGAGACUCCAGGCGCUUGUUAGUGCCCUCAGAGAUGGAUCCACCGAUAAGGUGAAGACCGCACUGAUGGCAGAGUCACGAGAUGAGGCCAGGAGGAGUUUCGAAGGCGAGCGCAUUCGACUGCAGCAGGAGAUUACCGAGCUGAAGGGGGUGAAAAGGCACAUGGAGGAUGCAUUAAGUGUGGCUGUACAAGCCGACAAGACCAAAGCUGCUGAGAUCCGGAGUGUGUACCAUCUACACCAGGAGGAAAUCAACCGCAUCAAGAGAGAGUGUGAAAGAGAGAUCCGCAGACUGAUGGAUGAGAUUAAAGUAAAGGAGCGUGCAGUCUGUGGGCUGGAGAGAGAGCUCAGUACUCAGGCGGGCCACACGUGGAGGCUACAGCAGCAGAAACAGGCUGUAGAGACUCAGCUGGCCCUGCUGCGAGACUCCAGCCCCAGACGAGAAGGCCCUUUCUCGCCCGACGCAGCAGAGAACACAGCUAACCCUGUACAGCAGUUGGAUGAGAAGGACGCUCGACGUUUCCAGCUGAAAAUAGCAGAACUGAGCGCUAUUAUCCGCAAACUAGAAGAUCGCAAUGCUCUGCUGUCAGAGGAACGCAAUGAACUGUUAAAGCGUCUCCGUGAAGCUGAAAGCCAGUAUAAACCGGUACUGGAUAAGAACAGACGCCUGAGUCGUAAAAAUGAGGAACUGGUUCACGCACUGAGACGCAUGGAAAACAAACUGCACUUCGUCACUCAGGAGAACAUAGAAAUGAGAGAGAAAGUGGGGACGAUACGGAGGCCCAGCUCUCUAAACGAUCUGGAUCAGAGUCAAGAGGAAAGAGAGAUCGAGUUUCUACGACUGCAAGUGUUGGAACAACAGAACAUAAUCGACAAUCUGUCCAAGGCUCUGGAAACAGCUGGAUACGUAAAGACUGUGAUUGAGAGAGACAUGCUGUUAAGAUACAGGAGGCAGGACAGUCUGCGCAGGAAGAAGCCAUUCAGAACCUGUAGGCCGGUGGUGGAGACGUUUUUUGGCUAUGAUGAAGAAGGCUCUAUAGACUCAGAUGGCUCAUCUAUUUCCCACCACACUGACAGAACGCCAUGCACACCCGACGAUGACCUCGAAGAGGGAAUGCUUAAAGAAGAAACAGAGCUACGUUUCCGUCAGCUGACAAUGGAGUAUCAGGCUCUUCAGCGAGCGUAUGCUCUCCUGCAGGAACAAGUCGGGGGAACAUUUGAUGCAGAGAAGGAGGUCAAGACUCGAGAGCAACUGCAGGCUGAACUGAUCCGGUAUCAGACCAGAAUAUCAGAUCUGGAGUGUGUUCUGAGUCAACAGGGACAGGAUAUGAAAUGGAUUGAGGAUAAACAAGCUUUAUACCAACGCAACCAGGAGCUUGUAGAAAAGCUUAAAAACAUGGAGACAGAGGAGACCCGACUUAAAAAUGAAAUUCAGGAUGCGAAAGACCAAAAUGAACUCUUGGAGUUCAGAAUUCUUGAACUUGAAGAAAGAGAGAGAAGAUCUCCAGCCAUAAACUUCCAUAACAUUCAUUUUGCUGAGGGCAUGAGUGCCCUACAGAUCUACUGUGAGGCAGAGGGCAUUACUGAAAUUGUGAUCACAGAACUGAUGAAGAAACUCGACAUUCUGGGGGAUAACGCCGUAAGUAAUCUGACCAAUGAGGAGCAAGUGGUGGUUAUUCAUGCCAGAACGGUAUUAACCUUAGCAGAAAAGUGGUUGGAGCAAAUCGAGGUCACCAAAUCAGGAUUACAUCAGAAAAUGUUGGACAUUGAAAGUGAAAAGGAGCACUUUAGCACACAAAAAGGAUAUUUAGAUGAGGAGUUGGACUACAGGAAACAGUCUUUGGAUCAGGCACAUAAGCACUGCAGUGAAUCAGUGAUCUAUGAGGAGGACUAUUUCUGCAUUCCUGGGACCCCUGGUGGUAAAUAUGUGUCAUCACAUGCCCACACCCCUGUUUCCUCUCUCUCGUUUCUUUCUAAGCGUAUCCUCGAGUUGGAGGCGAUGCUGUUCGAUGCACUGCAACUGGAAGAGACUGGCGGGAAGGUAUCUGAGCUGCUGACAGAGCAGGACCGUGAUUCGCUGAGAGAAGCUGUCAAUCAGUGGAAGAGGCAGGUCCUCAGUGAAUUACGAGAGAGAGAUGCUCAGAUACUCAGAGAGAGGAUGGAACUGCUGCAACAUGCUCAAGUGAGAAUAAAAGAGCUGGAAGAAUGGAUAGAGACACAGAAACGACAAAUAAAGGAACUAGAAGAAAAACCUUCAUUCUUUGGUCGUAGCUCUUCCAGCAAGAAAGAAAGGAUGUUACGUGGCUUAGUGGACCCUGGACACAGGCUUCAAGUGUUCUAUCUUCUGUAACAGAGGAGCGGCCACACUUGUGUCAUCAGAGGUCCCAGCCAUCAAUUCUGUGCUGAUACGAGACUUUAAACUGUUCACAUCAACUUAAACUGGCCUCUUCAUGACCUGCGGCUAAUGGAAUAUGGUGCUGUCUCUAUCUUGUGUUUUUAUCCUCCUGACCUUUUAAACUUUGCUUUGUGUGACCUCGUUGCGUGUGGAAUUUAAGGACUCUUAAAUUGAAAUGCUCUCUCCUUUCCCUGCCAAGCAGGUGGUUGCUGGAGGCUGCUUCCCUUUGGAAGCCUGAUGGAAUGAGAGGUGUUACAGUAAAAUCCUUCCUCCCACUGUUUACACUCACUCUACUGUGGUUCCUGGUGGCACGUCAUAGUCAUGGUGCUGGCGUGGUGGCGCUAGCCCCUUUCUGUGCAAUGUUAGAAAUGGACCUGAAAUUUAAAUGUUGGAAUUAAAACAUGUCUGGUUUUCUAAUGUAUAGGAGCAGUAUUUCAAAUAAAUUUAUCAGAGGAAGACUGAUA